UCCUGGCAAGGCAAUAGGGCUUCACAGGACAGCUUCCCUUGCCCCUCAGUUGCUCGCUCUCCUGUCCGGCUGCCCCUCUUCAGCUUGGAACAAACAGCUCAGCUCGCACGCCAGGGCCGGCCACCGGCUGACGGAACAUCGGUGGCGCCGCGGGGCAGUCUUCAGCCUCGAUCAUCUAACAUUCUCUAUCCACAAGCCAGCAAAAAGAGAUCAUAAAUGUCGCUCGAGGUCGAGAACCAAGUGAGCACUGAGUCGACCAACCGUCUCAGUCUCAAACGCCAUGAUUCACUCUUCGGCGACGCAGAGAAGGUCUCUGGCACUAGCCACCAUGGCUCCAUGGGGAGCUGGGCCCGGACUCUGCACCUUGCUUUCCAAAGCGUGGGCAUCAUCUAUGGGGAUAUUGGGACGUCGCCGCUGUAUGUCUACUCCAGUACCUUCCCUGACGGCAUCAAAAACAAUGACGAUCUGCUGGGCGUCUUGUCUCUCAUCAUCUACACCCUCGUCCUCAUACCGAUGCUCAAAUAUGUCUUCAUCGUGCUUUAUGCAGACGACAAUGGAGAUGGUGGAACGUUUGCGCUUUAUUCACUGAUAUCGCGGUACGCAAAGGUCAGGCUGAUCCCGAACCAGCAGGCAGAGGACGCGAUGGUAUCAAAUUACAGCAUAGAAGAGCCGAGCUCACAGCUGACGAGGGCACAGUGGGUGAAACAGAAGCUUGAGUCUAGCAAGGCUGCCAAGAUUGCACUAUUCACGCUCACAAUCCUUGGCACAUCCAUGGUGAUGGGCGAUGGGACCUUGACACCGGCCAUAUCAGUGCUCUCUGCAGUGAGUGGGAUCAGAGAAAAAGCGCCAAGCUUGACUCAGACGCAAGUAGUCUGGAUCUCUGUGGCAAUUCUGUUCAUGCUCUUCUCAGUCCAACGCUUUGGGACCGACAAGGUCGGGUACUCCUUCGCUCCUAUUAUCUCGGUGUGGUUCCUUCUGAUUGCUAGUAUCGGACUGUACAACCUCGUUGUUCACGACAUCGGUGUCUUACGGGCCUUCAACCCGAUGUACAUAGUACAUUACUUCAAAAGGAACGGGAAGGACGGGUGGAUUUCACUUGGUGGUGUUAUCCUCUGUGUCACAGGAACAGAAGGUAUGUUUGCUGAUCUGGGACAUUUCAAUAUCAGGGCCGUUCAGAUCAGCUUCAAUGGCAUAUUGUUCCCGUCGGUAGCACUAUGUUACAUCGGGCAGGCGGCUUACCUGAGGAAAUUUCCAGAGAACGUUGGAAACACCUUCUAUAGAUCCAUCCCAGGUAUAAACAAAUUAAGACUGCAGUUUCACUUCUUGGAAAUGACUUGCUUCACAAACAUAGCACAAUUUAAGAUUGACUCUCUUUUUUUGGCUGCAGUGCCAUUGUUCUGGCCAGCCUUCAUCAUUGCCAUUCUUUCGGCUAUCAUUGCAAGCCAAGCAAUGCUCUCUGGCGCAUUUGCCAUCCUCUCCAAGGCACUGUCUCUUGGUUGUUUCCCCAGGGUUCAAGUGAUCCACACCUCAAACAAAUACGAGGGGCAAGUGUACAUUCCGGAGGUGAACUUCAUGAUGGGAUUGGCGAGCAUCAUAGUCACAAUCGCCUUCAGAACAACCACCAGCAUUGGCCAUGCUUAUGGGAUCUGUGUGGUGACCACAUUCUUGAUCACCACCCAUCUGAUGACCGUUGUGAUGCUCCUCGUGUGGAAGAAACACGUUGUCUUCAUCCUUCUGUUCUACGUCGUGUUUGGUUCCAUAGAAGUAAUCUACCUCUCCUCCAUACUGUCGAAGUUCAUUGACGGAGGAUACCUUCCAUUCUGCUUCUCGCUGGUCCUGAUGGCCCUGAUGGCGACAUGGCACUAUGUCCAUGUCAUGAGAUACAGGUACGAGCUCGAGCACGUUGUGCCUACUAACGAAAUGACUGCUCUCCUCGAGAAGAACGACGUGCGGCGGAUCCCUGGAGUGGGACUCCUGUACACGGAGCUCAUCCAGGGUAUACCCCCGGUGUUCCCUCGGCUGAUCAAGAAGAUACCAUCUGUGCACUCCAUCUUCGUGUUCAUGUCGAUCAAGCACCUGCCGAUCCCGCACGUGGUGCCUGCGGAGAGGUUCCUCUUCCGGCAGGUCGGCCCGAGGGAGCAGCGGAUGUUCCGGUGCGUGGCGCGGUAUGGCUACAGCGACAGGCUGGAGGAGUCCAAGGAGUUUGCGGGGUUCCUUGUGGAUAGGCUCAAGAUGUUCAUCCAGGAGGAAAGCGCAUUCGCGCAGAACGAAGCUGAGAACGACGAGAGUAGCCCGAGCACUGAAGUUUCUGAAGCGCAGACAAGGCCGAGGCGGUCCACGCACUCCGUCGUGCACAGUGAGGAGGCGAUCCAAUCGCGGGUGAGCAGCCACUCGAGGAGGAUCACUUUCCGUGCGGAUCAGACAGUUGAGGAGGAGAAGCUGUUGAUUGACAGAGAGGUGGAGCGAGGGCUGGUGUAUCUGAUGGGAGAGGCCAAUGUGUCAGCUGGGCCCAAGUCAUCAAUCAUGAAGAAGAUCGUUGUGAACUAUGUCUAUUCAUUCUUGAGGAGGAACUUGCCGGCGGGGCACAAGGCAUUGUCCGUUCCCAAAGAUCAGCUGCUCAAAGUUGGGAUCACAUAUGAAAUAUAGGGAUUUUAUCGAAGCAUGAGGUGUGCACCUGACCGAGUGUUUCUUGGCGCAUAAUAUUGAUUUGAAAGGGCAAAGUGCUUUGUUUGUUUCAAAUAAAGAGGCAUGUGUGAGUGGGCUUCUCUUUUAGCUCUGGAAGGCAUCUUUUCAUUCUCUGUACUGUGUGGUGUUAUUAGAAUGUGUCAAAUGUAAAGGUGAUAUUGGAAGUAAAAAAUGUUUCGACUA